CGCAAGCUCAUGCCACAGUACUUCUGACCAUGGGAGGUUCUAGACAUCGUUGGAGAUGACCCCGAUGGGCCAUCUUAUGUGGUACAAAUCCCUGGUCACCUCCGCACCUACCCUGUUUUUCACUCCUCCAAACUUGCACCUUUCGAGGAAACUGAUCAGUUUCCCUCUCGCCGGUCUAUGCUGCCCUCAACCAUGGAUGGAGAAGUCGACAUCGACAGCAUUGUGGAGCAUAGGGAGAUGACAAUGCCAAGACCAUCUGGCAGGGGCCACCUUCGAAGCCGACGUUACAGGUGGUUCACGAGAGAGGAACUGAUGCAGACCGCUCCACAGGUUGUCGCCGAUUGUAAGGAGUCAUUGCAGAAGGGAAAGCGCCAGAUUGAGUUCCGGUUUGAAUUUCAAUUUGCUCCAAAUCCCUAUUUCCAUGAAAAGCUACUGGUCAAGGAGGUCUACACACCCUCUCUAACAGCUCCGAUGAGCAUGAUGGAGCUGAGGGAUAUUCCCCCCAUCAGAUGGAAGAGCACUGAGAUGAAUCUCUGCGUGCGACAGAUUACAAAGUGUGCUAAGAAGCACAAAGGCUUCGGUAGCUUCUCUGAGGAUUUUGAUCAUUGUUGCUACCCAUUCAUUGAGAUAAGGGCAGGGGGUGGAGGGGUUAAGUUGCGAGGGGAGCAAGAAGUCGGACCGCAAGCGCGGAUGAUAGCCAAGGUCGAGGUAGAAUUGAGUCAUGCCAGUGGAAGGACAAACAACAUUGUUGUAGGCGAUCUCGGCGGCGGUGAGCAACUGAUCCCAGCCGUGUUGAUGUGGAUGACAAUACUUCUCCAGGAUUCUUUGGAGAGAAUCGUUCAUCUUCUCGUUUUGUCCAUCGGUCUGUGGGUCGAAUGCAGUGCUAUACUUGAGCGUGGUUCCGUAGGUUUUAAAGAGGUGUUUCUAGAAUUGUGGAAGGAAGCGAGGAUCACGGUCGCUGAUGAUGUUCUCGGGGAGACCGUGAUGGCGUGCGACAUGGUCGAAGAAGAGAAUGGCGACGUCCUUGGCGGUGUGCGAUGUGGUGCAAGGGAUGAAGUGGGCGCGUUUAGUCAGGCGGCAAACUUUGACAUAGAUGCAAUCAUGUCCGCGGUCGGUGUUGGGGAGACCAUAAACGAAGUCCAUGGAGAUGGACUGCCACCGGCGACAGAAAUUGACGACUUCCUAGACUAUGGGGACGAGACAGACCAUGAUGGGGCCAGCGAGACUUUGGAUGGGGGAGUCGUGGCCCCUAUCAAAGAAAAGGCUAAGGGGACCGGGAAGAAGAAGGUCGCGGGUCAGGGCAACCAAGGAACACCCGCAUGGGUAAAACUCGGUUUAGAUUACAAGCAGGAGGGACCAAAGUUGAGGCCUGUCGAGUACAUGUCCAAAAAGAUGCCCUCUCAAAAGUUGGCCAAGUCCACCUAUGAGAAGGAGCUCUAUGCGAUCUACAAGGCGCUCACCCAUUGGAGGCACUAUCUCCUUGGGAGGUUCUUCUACGUCAGGACUGAUCACCAGAUCCUAAAGGGGAUGAGCACCCAGCUUGUGCUCUCUGACGCUCUGAAGCGAUGGAUUGAAGUCAUAGAGCAGUAUGACUUCGAGCCCCAGUAUAUCAAAGGUGAGUAUAACAAGGUUGCUGAUGCGUUGUCGCGUAGACCUGAUUUCUCCAGUGCGCUGAUUACCGAGUUUGGACUUGCGGACGAUGUCACUCGCUCCAUGGUGGAAGCCUAUCGCGAGGAUCCGUUCAUGUCUGAGAUCAUCCGCAGACUUGAGGCAAAGGACAAAGUGACUUCUGCCGAGUUUGAGUUGGUCAACGGCUUGCUGUUCCUUGAGAAGGCUGGGAAUAAACGUUUGUGUGUGCCUAAUAGAGAGUCUUUGCGCAGUUUAUUUCUAGGAGAGUGUCACGACGCCACCGACCAUUUUGGUUUCAAGAAGACUGCAGCCAAUUUGUUGCAGCGGUUCUGGUGGCCCACGAUAAUGAGAGAUGCCAAGCUGUACGUGGAAACUUGUCAGGUCUGUCAGAGAGACAAGCCCCGUACACAGGCUCCUCUUGGGCUCCUCAAGCCCCUUCCGAUUCCGGAAAGGUCUGGUGAGAGCUUGUUCAUGGACUUCAUGGACACAUUGGUCACCAGCAAGAGUGGAAUGCGACACAUAUUUGUCAUUGUGGAUAGGUUUAGUAAGUAUGCUAGUGAACUAUGGAAAGUCGCAGCUGCAGAACAGGGCACUCAGUUGCAAAUGACAUCAGGCAAUCACCCAGAGGCGUAUGGGCAGGAAGAACAGUUGAACCACGCUGCGGUCGAACAGAUGCACAAGGCACAUGCGGCGAUGAUAGAAAUUGAGAACAAACACCGUCGCCCAUCUACAUUCCAGGUAGGAGAAGGAGUCUGGGUUAAGUCCUCAGAACUGGGACAAGAGUACGGGAUCUCCCGUAAGCUCAUGCCACAGUACUUCGGACCAUGGGAGAUUCUGGAUGUCGUUGGGGAAGAUCCGGAUGGGCCAUCUUAUGUUGUCCGGAUUUCUGGUCAUCUUCGCACUUACCCUGUCUUUCACGCCUCCAAGCUUGCACCAUUCGAAGAAACUGAUCAGUUUCCCUCUCGUCGCUCAAUGCUGCCCCCAACCAUGGAUGGAGAGGUCGACAUCGAUGAUAUCGUUGACCAUCAGGAAAUGCCAGUUCCAAGACUGACAGGCAGGGGACGUCCUUCGAAACCAAAGCUUCAAUACCGGGUUCGGCUCAGACAUCACACUGAUUCGAAGGAGGAUCGAUGGUUUACCAGGGAGGAACUGAUGCAGACCGCUCCUCAGGUUGUGGCCCAAUAUGAAAAGUUUCUGCAGAAGCGAAAGCGCCAGAUUAUCGAAGAUUGAACUUCUCAGAGGACCAUCGAAGUAUGGAGGAGGGAAUGCGAGGCAUAGGGCCUCGAAAUGCCCUAGAGGGCCUACUUUUCACAUUGUCGGCCGCCCUAAGUGAAGGCGGGCACGACUGAGGCCCUACAGGCCAUAUUUGGGGUCACCACGCAACAGAGGAAAUUCAGGCAGUUGCGCAGCACCAGUUGGUUGGAAGCGCCUAGGCCCAAGCUGCCUUCCAUUGCAUGUAACUGAGGCAGGCCUUGGGCCGGAUACACAAAGUGAACCGAACAAAGUCUGAGGGCAGUU